AUGCUGAAAUUACUUCUGAUAUGUCUGUUCCUAAGUCUCAGCUGCACGCGAAUCGCCAUUUUUGCCAAUUGUGAAUACGUUAGGGAGUUAAGUGUGUCGGAAAAUGUCCCGAUCGGGUCUCAAAUCGGCUUUAUCAGUAAAAGUAGCAGUAGUAGUAAUGUAGACGAUGCCAUGUUAGCACCACCGUUUCUCAUUGUGCCCGUACCCGGCAGCGAAGGGUAUGUCGAUGCUGAUCUGGCAAUCGAUCACAAAACAGGAGAAAUUCGUACAAAACGAGCUCUUGAUCGAGAAACACGAGCUUCGUACGUUUUCGUUGCCAUCCCCCUAAAUGGCGAACACAUCCGAGUAAUUAUCAAGGUCUUGGAUGAAAAUGACAAUGCUCCGACAUUUCCCGUGCCUGUCAUGAACAUCGAGUUUCCCGAAAACACGCCGAAAGACGUGAAACGAACUCUGAAUCCCGCACGUGACUUAGAUCUGGGAGCUUUUAACACACAAAAGUACAACAUCAUCUCCGGUAACCUCAAUAACGCCUUCAAACUGGCGUAUCAUCGUGAGCGUGACAGUGUCCUCUAUUUGGAUCUGCAAAUAAACGGGUUGCUUGACAGGGAAAUUACCUCGUCGUAUACACUCGUCGUUGAAGCACUCGACGGAGGAAGUCCUCCCCUCAGGGGACAAAUGAUCGUUAACAUUACCAUCUUGGAUGUCAACGAUAAUCAACCGAUUUUUAAUCAAAGUCGAUAUUUCGCAACUGUACUCGAAAAUGCGACAGUUCAUUCGAGCGUGCUGCAAGUUUAUGCGACAGACAUUGACGACGGCGACAACGGCAAAGUCGAGUAUUACAUUAAUAGGCGACAAAGCGAUCGCGACUCCAUGUUCCGAAUCGACUCGAAAACCGGUUUAAUACUUGUCAACAAACCGCUCGACUUUGAAACAAAGGAAUUGCAUGAACUUGUUAUCGUGGCAAAAGACAAUGGAGACUUACCGCUUGAAACGACAGCUUUUGUGACGAUACGAGUACUGAACAUAAACGACAAUCAACCAGUUAUUGACGUGAUAUUCCUCAGCGAUGACGCAACGCCCAAAAUUUCCGAGGAUGCUCAACCGGGGGAAUUCGUAGCUCGUAUCUCCGUAAACGAUCCUGAUUCUAAAACGAAAUAUUCGAACGUUAAUGUUUCCCUAUCCGGAGGCGAAGGACAUUUUGGACUUACAACUCGUGAUAACAUCAUAUAUUUAAUGAUCGUUUCGCUACCUUUGGAUCGCGAACUUAAAGCAAAUUACACGUUAAACGUUGUAGCAACAGAUACAGGAGCUCCGCCAUUACAUGCCUCGAAAACUAUUUACUUACGGAUCACUGAUAUCAAUGACAAUCCUCCGCUUUUCGAGAAACAAAUCUACCAUGCGAACAUCAUGGAAGUGGCUGAUCCGGGAACUUCUGUUAUACAAGUGACAGCUAUCGAUAAAGAUGAGGGAAAUAAUUCUGUUAUUUCAUAUUCCUUACGUGAUACGCCCGAAACUCAUUCACAAUGGUUCCAAAUUGACAAAUUUUCCGGUUUGAUAACUACUCAAACGCAUAUCGAUUGUGAAACGGAGCCUGUACCAAAAUUAACGAUAUUAGCAACAGACAAUGGCGUUCCUCCUCUAUCUUCAACGGCGACAGUUCUCGUUACUAUUCACGACAUUAACGACAACGAGCCGCUUUUUGAUCAAAGCUUCUAUAAUGUUUCCGUAGCUGAGAACGAAAUGAAAGGAUCUUGCAUUCUAACAGUUUCGGCGACAGAUUCUGAUUGCGGCGUAAAUGCCAUGGUGAAUUACACAAUUGGAGAUCGCUUUAAAAAGUUGAAUCAAUUCGUCAUUAAAGCAGAUACUGGCGAAAUUUGUAUCGAAAAUGAGCUCGAUUAUGAAACGCGGAGUUCAUAUGAGUUUCCUGUUAUUGCUACAGAUCGAGGAGGUCUCAGUACAACCGCAGUAGUUAAAAUUUUGCUCACUGAUGUCAAUGAUAAUGUACCUGUCUUUUAUCCGCGCGAGUAUAAUGUCUCGUUGCGCGAAACGGAUGCUUAUGAAGCGACAUCUACCCCAAUUGUUCAAGUCGUUGCCAAAGAUAUCGACUUUGGAAAGUUUGGUCACGUGACUUAUCGUAUCGUAAGCGGCAAUGAAGCUGGCAUUUUUAGGUUAGAUCCACAAAGCGGACAACUGUUUGUGACAAAACCGAAUGUUUUGGCGAAUAAUGGAAUGACUUUUUAUCAUUUGAAUGUCACAGCGAUCGAUGGCGGGGAUUUACAGUCAAAAACAAAUGCGGAAAUUUACAUUAGCUUAAUCGACUCGGCUCAAAGACCUCCGAUUUUCGAUAAAACGCAGUACAGUUACCAAGUUAAAGAGAAUGCCAAGUACAAUACGAUGGUUGGAUCAAUUACAGCUACGAAUUUUGGCAGUAAAAAUGACAUUCGUUACUCAAUUUAUUCCGGAGAUCCUGACAGUUAUUUUUCCAUCGAUCCUCUUUCAGGCUUUAUUCGUGUCGCAAACCCCUUGGAUCAUGAAACAAAGCCUCAAGUCUUGCUAAAUAUUCAAGCGACGAGCGGAGAUCCUCCCGCUUAUGGGCAUACUCAAGUCAACAUCGAUAUCGAAGAUGUAAAUGACAAUCCCCCGGAAUUUGAGUCGAAUUCUAUUAGAAUUUCCAUUCCUGAGAACACAGAUUUGGGAGUUCCAAUUUAUGCAGCUCAUGCUCGAGAUAAAGAUUCGGGAAAAAGUGGCGUUGUUUCGUAUUAUCUCGUAAAUUUUGAGAAUUCAACAAAAAUGGCGCAAAAACAACCGAGCGCCCUCUUUAGUAUAGAUCCCAAAACUGGAUCACUGACACUUUUGAGACAUUUGGAUUAUGAAACGUCACAAAAGCACGCGUUAAUUGUGAAAGCUGUUGAUUUGGGAGAUCCUCCAUUGUCUACAAAUCUCACAGUUUACGUGGAUGUUCAAGAUGUCAACGAUAACAAACCGAUUUUCACGAGAUCGCAAUAUCACGUGAACGUAUCGGAAGAAACUAGCAUCAAUAGUCGCAUUUUACAAGUUGAAGCAAUCGAUUAUGAUACGGGAAAUAACGCCAGAAUUACAUAUCGCAUCGAUAAUAUUCGCACGAAGGAACAAACUUCAAUGAUUCCUGACGAAGCAAAUUUACUUUUUGGAAUUUUUCCUAAUAAUGGAUGGCUUUAUUUGCGAGGAACGCUUGACAGGGAGUUUUGUGACUUUUUUAACAUCACAGUACUUGCGAGUGAUAACGGAACUCCCAUUUUUACGACAAAAGCGAAUAUAAUUCUGAAUGUUCAAGAUGCCAACGAUAAUAGUCCUGAAUUUUUGAACGAAAGUUACGAGUUUGAGAUUCAAGAAAAUAUGCCAAAGGGAACGAGAGUUGGAUUUGUUAGAGCAAGCGAUAAGGAUAUUGGACAAAAUGCUGCAAUAAGAUACAGUUUGAUACCGAGUAAUAGCAGUUUUCAAAUUGAUCAUGCAACAGGCGAAAUCACAAUCCGCGAAUCCCUCGAUCGCGAGCUCCGCGCAACUUACGAAAUAACCGCUGAAGCUCGUGACUAUGGCAUCCCUCAACGAAGUGCUCGUGUUCCCGUUCGCAUUAUCGUUCAAGAUGUCAACGACAACUCUCCCGAUAUCGUUGAUCCGCAAGACGACGUCAUCGUUGUUCGUGAAGGACAAGCUAUUGGCACAGAAGUUGUAAAAGUUCGCGCUGUCGAUCGCGAUAACGGCGAAAAUGCAACCAUAAAAUACUCAAUAAUUCGCGGAAGAGACUCUGAUGGCAUCAACACGUUCAGCAUCGACACCAUAACGGGCUUGAUAAAAACGAAAAAAGUCUUGGAUCACGAGGAAAAACACAUUUAUCGUCUCGCCGUGGCAGCAACUGACAACGGAAACCCGUCAAAACAAAAAGUUCGCGUUUUACGGAUCGAAGUUUUGGAUUUGCAUGACAAUCGCCCGACUUUUACGAGUUCAAGUGUGGUUUUUCGCGUACGAGAAGAUGUCGCAGUUGGUCAUGUCGUUGGAACACUGAUGAAUAAUCCGAGUUUUAAUGAUGUCGAUACCGAAGAUUUGGAUGUAACGUACACUUUGACGCCUUUAACGAACGAUACCAUCAAAGAUGCCUUCGAAAUUGACUAUCAUUCGGGAUCGUUGGUUGUUGCAAAAGCCUUGGAUCGUGAAUUGCAACACGAAUUCAAGUUAGAAGUGCGUUCGUUGGACAUUACAACAUCAAAUAACCCUCAAAGCUCCGCAAUUACGGUAAAAAUCGAAGUUGCUGACGUCAAUGACAACGCUCCGGUAUGGAAUUUGGACCCAAUUGAGAUAAAAAUCGCGGAAAAUACGAAAAUUGGCACGAGUUUGUACAACUUUAGUGCAUCAGAUGCGGAUUCUGGCAGAAAUGGCGAAGUUCAUUACGAACUUUUACGCGUUUUGCCUUCGAUCGACGAUGAAAUCUUCACCAUAGACCCUCUAACAGGCGUCAUGCACUUGACAAAACCUUUGGAUUAUGAAAUUUGCACCGAAUAUCUCAUCACAGUACAAGCCAUCGAUCAAUCCUCGAACAUUAGUGAACGUUUACGCUCCUCUGUGACAGUCCAGCUCUUCGUUCAAGACAUCAACGACAACGCUCCCGUAUUUGUGCAUCCCUCAGGCAGUAAUGUAACUGUUCAUUUGAGUGACGAAGUGCAAAUUGGUCACGUGGUUACCCAUAUUCUCGCUUCCGAUGCCGAUUCUGAAGACAAUGGGAAAGUAACUUACGCUUUGGUUGCUGGAAAUGAAGAAGAAUAUUUCAAAUUAGAUGCGAAAAGUGGCGUUUUGACUCUCGUAAAGCCCUUGCGAAGCAUCAAAAAGUUCGAAUAUGACUCAACUUUGACGAAUAUUCACACGAGAAUCGCAAAACACAAUAAUAACUUUGAAAUUUCGAAUUUUAAUCUUCAAGUCGUGGCGAAAGACAAUGGAAGACCAACGAAAAGUGCAAAAAUGGACUUACGCAUCGUCGUUUUCGGGUCCCAAAACAUGCCUCCGCGCUUUUUGGACCCAAUUUAUUACGCAAAUAUAUCCGAAAGUGCGGGAAUUGGCAGUUUUGUCGUACGGGUGAACGCUAAAUCGUACAUUGGGGGUGACGCCGAGAACAUUACUUACUCAAUUCCGAAGGGAGUGGUCGAUGAUGCUUUUGUAAUCGAUCCUGUGCGAGGAAUUAUCACAACAGCCAAACUUUUGGAUCGAGAAUCGCGCGAUUUGUACUUGAUUCCUGUGUAUGCGCAAGAAUUUCGUUCCUUUGAGUCGUCGCAAAUGAACUACGGGAUAUCCACAGUUGUGGUUCGUGUCAUGGAUGUCAACGAUCACAAACCAAUUUUCGGUCAAGAGUCGUGCAACACACUUCUGGUGCCCGAAAAUCAUGAAACAGGCAUAAUUCACACAGUUUUGGCCUUUGACCUUGACUCCGGCGUGAAUUCUGAGAUAACGUAUUCGAUCACGGGAGGAAAUGUCGGCAAUAAAUUCAACAUCAACUCUUAUACGGGAGAACUUACCGUCAAACCAUUGGAUCGGGAGCAACAAUCGAAGUAUGUGCUUCAAAUAACGGCUCAGGAUCGCGGAACGCCCGUCAUGUAUCAAAAUACGUGCAAUUUAACGAUCAUCGUGGAAGAUUUGAACGACAAUACCCCGCGAUUUGAGAAGCCCAGCUACAGUGUAACCGUUUCCGAGGGCGUUGGCAUCGGUCAUGUCGUUCUCGUUGUGAAAGCGCAAGAUGCUGACAGCGGAAAUAAUGGUCGAGUGUAUUACAGCGUUCAAAAUGAGACUGAUUCGAUGUUCCAAAUCGACAGCAAAACAGGCGUUAUAACAACAACGGGCUUUUUGGACCGAGAAGUCAAGCAAUUUUACGAAUUAAUUGUCGUCGCAACAGAUGGCGGCAAGUCUACAGCCCGUUCCGAGCGAGUUUCAGUCCAAAUAACGUUAGAUGACGUCAACGACAAUGCUCCAAUGUUCAAAGAUUACCCUUUUCGUAGCAGAAUUAGUCAUUUGGUGCAACCAGGACAAGUUUUGCUGAACGUUGAGGCACGAGAUGGAGACGCCGGUAUCAAUGGCGACAUCAUUUACGAGCUAAUUUCGACAAAAUCCAGCAAUAAGUUCAAAAUUGAUCUUAAUACGGGAGUUUUGACGGCAACACAAUCGUUAGUAAGUGAGAACGGAAAGACAGUUUACUUGGAAGUCAUGGCGAAAGACAAAGGAUCUCCCGGAAAAACGUCUUUUGGAUUAAUUGAACUCAAUAUUGGCGAUGAUUUCGAUCGUCAUCCACGUUUAAAGUUCCAAAAUGACACGUAUUUCAUGAAUUUCAACGGAAAAGUCGCGGAAGGUGUGCGACUUGGAUCUGUUCAUGCCAUUACCACAAACGGGCGUCGUCUCAGUUCGACCUAUAGCAUCAUCAAAGGGAAUGAAGAUGACAUUUUCGCCAUCGAUUCGAACAAUGGAGAGAUAAUUUUAGCCAAAGAUCUUAAAAUUACCGAUCGAGAAUGGCAACCGAAAUAUUAUCUCGGAGUUAUGUCGAAAGCGAAGGAAAAUCCCCUCAUGUAUGCCUAUUGUGACGUUGAAGUAACUUUUGCGCAAAUGAAUGUUCGACCUCCGAUGUUGACCCAGAAGGAAUAUCUCGCUUUUAUUUCCGAAGGACGUCUCAAGGGGACUUUUGUAGCAAAAGUUUCAGCUGCAAGUGAAAAUGAACAUCGUCAGUUGUUGUAUCACAUUGUCGAUGGAAACCAUGAUAAUGCAUUCGUAAUUGAGCCAGCCUAUAGCGGAGUUGUGAGAACGAAUAUUGUGUUGGAUAGGGAGAUUAGAGAACAGUACACGUUGAAAAUUAUUGCCACAGAUGUGAAUUAUCCGCAAUUAACGACGACGGGAAGUUUGUUGGUGCGCGUUUUGGAUGUCAAUGACAAUCAACCGACGUUCCCGCCGAAUAAUUUUGUCACGAUUCCGGAAGAUACAACUGUUGGUUCAUCCGUAGCUCAAAUAACGGCAAACGAUGUCGACACAAGCCCAAUUUUGACGUACAGCUUCAAAGAAUCAAGUUUAUCCACGGAAAUGUCUUCCAUCUUCGGCAUUAAUCGCUUCAACGGCAAAAUUAUCCUGAAAAAGAAACUCGAUUACGAGAAACAUCGCGACUACAAACUCCAAAUUGUCGUCUCUGACAAGAAUUACUCGGCGGAAACGGGAGUGUCGAUUCAAGUCACUGACGCCAAUGACAAUGCACCGUCGUUCGAAAAGACAAUUUACCAAAGUACUGUUUCAACUCAUUCAAUUUCGCCAACAAUCCUCACAGAAACUGUUCGCGUAAGUGCAACUGACGCCGAUUCCGGAAAAAAUGCUGAAAUUUCUUACAAACUUGUGAGAUCUCAAUCUGGAUUUACCGUCGAUUCAAGCACGGGACGACUUUUGGCGAAUUUAACUCAAAUCAUGGCAUCAAAUCCAACAAAAAUGUACCGCGAUUUUGACUUGCUUGUAUCAGCUACGGAUCGAGGAGUGCCAAGUCUUCGUUCAAUUGUUCCCGUUCGAGUUCACAUUUUGAACGAUCAUCAACAGCGAAACGCCUUUUUCCAAUCGCAAUAUCGCGCAAAAGUUGCUGAAGAUGCCCCAAUUGGGACAAAAAUCCUGAAUCUCGUCAAUAAUGUCGAAGACAAACGAAGUUUGGCGCAAGGAAUUAACCUCGAAAUCGUUUCUGGCAACGAAAAUCUCGUCUUUGACGUUUUAAUGCCUGAUUUGGUGAUCAUUCUUGUCAAACCCUUGGAUCGGGAGACACGCGAAACGUACCAAUUGGAGCUUUUGAUGACAGAAAAGGAACUUACCGCAUCAAAUGUGAACGAAAAUUCAACAAUUUCAGUUACAAUUAACGUUGACGACGUAAAUGACAAUGUCCCAAAGUUCAUUUCGACCGUAGAUCGAGCAGUUAUUAACGAAUCUGUCGCUUUGAGACACGUAAUUGCUCGCGUGGAAGCCAUCGACGACGACGCAAGCAACUCUGAGAACUCUGAAGUUGUUUACAGCAUCAUUUCUGGCAACGACGAGCAACUUUUCACGAUAGAUUUGAUCUCCGGGCAAAUUUCCGUUAACAAUCGACUCGAUUUUGACAAACAUCCGGAGCCAUAUUCGCUCGUCAUUCAAGCUUGUGACAGCGGAUUGAUGCCAAAAUGCGCCGUGAAGCCAUUUAUUGUUGAAUUACUCGAUUCGAACGAUAAUUCACCGAAAUUCCCGUUACUUGAGUACUUUACGAUGAUCGGCGAGAACGAACCAAUUGGCACAACAAUCGCUUCUAUUAAGGCAAUCGAUGCAGAUGCGGGUAAAUUUGGCGAAUUAACAUACGCGUUAUCGCCAUUGAACGAUUUUUCCGACAUUGACGAGUCUUGGAAGGGAUUUAGCGUUGACUCUGCAUCAGGAACGAUCUUUUCGCAACAAAUUUUCGACUACGAAACGAAAUCUCGUUACAGUUUCUUGCUCGCAGCAACAGAUUCGGGCGGAAAAUCGACAACUACCAAAAUUCACGUCUUAAUUGAGAGCCGAGAUGAGUUUGUGCCGCAGUUUACGGAGAAAUCUUAUCAUUUUGUGCUUCGACCCAGUCCGAAAGGGAAGUAUUUCGCUCCCGCAGAUCACAUUGUGGGCUAUAUAAAAGCAACAGAUAAGGAUUUGGGGAUGGAUGGCAGGAUAAUUUAUCAACUUACGACACAAAAUCCGUAUUUCAAGGUGAAUUUCACGACGGGAGCCAUCAUGACAAAGCAAAAAAUCGAUCAUAUCGGUCCGAAAGACGUUUCGUUAGUAGCUACUGCCAGCUCGGGGCGUCAAGGAUCCUUGUCUAACAUGACAGUAGUUGAAAUUUUGAUCGAUUCGAAUGCUAUCGGGACUGCUGGAGACAUGAUACGAGAAGAUACCGCUGAAUCUGGAAGUUGGGUCAUUGGAUUACUCAUCACUUUGUUGCUGUUUUUGACAGUUUUCGCGACAGCUUUCUUCUUUUUGCAUUGGAGGAAGCGCGGAUUGAAGCAUGUGUCGAAGCCACGGUUGAAUUCGGAGAAUAAUACGGUAAAUACGAACAGUUAUGUCGAUCCAAGUACCUUUGAUACGAUCCCGAUUCGAGGAAGUGAUGCAACACAAAGUACCAAUAGUGGCUUUGCACCCCCGCGAUACGAUGAAAUUCCGCCCUAUGGACUUCAUACGGGAAGUUCUAAUUCGGGGGCAGCGACAACUUCGGAUUUGUCGACGUCGCAAAGUGGUUCGAGUGGUAGAGGAAGUGCCGAAGACGAUGGCGAAGAUGAGGAAAUUCGAAUGAUUAAUGAAGGUCCGUUGCAAAGAGAAGCUCUUCACACGGGUUCGAGACUUUCAGAUGUUUCCGUUCAUAAUAGUCACAAUAGUCAACAGGAAUAUUUCGCACGUCUUGGGGCUUCGCAUCGAUCGACAAGCUCCUCAACGCGUCACACGGGAGGUCCUUUGCAAAUUUCCGAUCAUCAUCAUCCGAUGCCCAUCGAAGAAAUGCAAAUGUACGAAGACGACAACGACGAAGUCGACAUCACAAACCUCAUUUAUGCCAAAUUGAACGAUCUCCCGAUCCAUCCGAAUCACGAUUUGACGUCGUCGCACCAUCAUCAAGACCAAGAAGACAUGACCAGCAACUACAAUUGGGAUUAUUUGCUCGAUUGGGGUCCGCAAUAUCAACCGUUAGCUCAUGUUUUCUCCGAAAUUGCACGUUUAAAAGACGACAGCGUGUCGAUGCGAAGCGGACAAAGUGUCGCCAGUAGUAUUCGCAGCAAAAAUUCCCUGCAUCACACGAUGAAACACUUGCCGCCUCCUCUGAUAACGAAUGUCGCGCCGCGACUUGUGCCCGUUUUGUCGUCAAGAAGUCGGGGAAGCAGCAAACAUCAUUAUCCGCCUGUAACGAAUAGACCGAUUUUUAAUCAUCAUGGAAAUGGGGCAGGAAGCGGCGGAUUUUCAACACCGAGUCCCAUGCCGCCGAGCUUCACAAAUAAUCUGAUACCGUCGUUAAGCACGCAUACGCUCGAUUCGUCGGGAAAUGACGUCGCUUCGGUUCAUAGUCUAAGGAAAAGUUAG